ACACCACCACACCAAUACUCUCUCUCUCUCUCUCUACUACUUUUCAUCUUCCCCACCAAAUCCAAUCCCCACCAUCACGGCGGGCGGUCCUCAAUCGAUCUCCUAUUUAACAACUGCCACCAUUUCCAAGUCCUCUAUCUUCCUGCCCCAUGGCUCUCUUCUCCGCCUUGCUCGACCAGAUCCUCUCGCGGCGGCCGCUCCUACUCUACGCUGCCGCGUGGACGGCUCUCCUCACCGCGACUGUUGCGGUGGCCUCAUUCUCGCCUGAGGUCGCCUUCGUGUCGGCAAUAUCGUCGUCAUCGGCCUUCACAAGGGAGUGCGGCGGCCCCAACCCGGAGGACGUGGUGAGGGUGCCAGUGGACCUGCCGGGGGAGGUCGUGUGCUUGCCGGCGCACUUGUUCUCGAGGUCGAGGGUCGACCUGUUGGUGCCGCCGGUCUUUGCGGCUGUCGUCGUGGCCGGCUCGGCCUUUGUGGUUAGGGCUUUGGCUUUGGGCGAGGUGGACGACGAGGCCCGUUCGAUCUGAUGGUCGUCGCUCAGCCAAGUCUCGAUUCGACUCCGAUUACAAUUGAUUUAAAUAUUCUUUAGAUCAUCUCUUUAGCAAUAACCGUCGUAGAUAACCUUUUCUGGGGGCUUUUUCUAUCUCUGUAUCUUUUUGUGGACAAUAAUUUCCUUUUUGAAUCGACUUCUUUCCUCAUAAUUCUCUGUUUACGUACGUAUUCAUUGUGUAAUAAAGAACAAAAUGGAUACAAUAAUAAAAUGGGAGGCGAAACCAUUUGAAUU